AGAAUAUAGUUAUUCACUAGUUGUCAUAAUGAUGUCUAAACCACGCCAAUUUCUACAAAUUACCGUCGUAAACUGUGAUUUCAAACCUAACUAUAACCACUUAUACCACCUUAUAUAAUGACCAAAAAGUAAAUGUCUGAUUUCAUGAAUUUGUACGAGCCAAUUUCGACGUUGUGGCUGGGGUAACUAGUGACAACCAAAGGAAAGAGUUUAUGUUUCUCUAGAAACUUUUAAAACCUGCCCGUAGACAGCGUAAACCCCACCCUUUCACUUAUGAUUAACCACCCCAAUUCUCCGUUUUGAUUUGCUUUCGCUCUGUCAGUCACUUUUUCCCGAAGUGUCGCCAGCAACAAAGUAGUGUGUACAUCACACCAAGGGAUGAAGGAAAACAUUUCAAAGGGAGGCGAAAAACAGAUAAGGUCACUUUUGCUGUCAGUUAGGUUUUUGAUAGCUAGUUUGAGUCUACCUAGCUAGCUACGUUUUUGGAAAAUGUUACCACAAUGAAGAACGUUAGCUAGCCAUAUUUGGCGUUUUAGCUAGCUAAAUGUAAUAUAAAUGGCUAGCUAUCCAUUUUAGCCAGAUAGCUAACGUUACCGCUGGCGAGUAAGCCAUAUUUAGCUAGCUAGCAAAAGCAACACACGAGAUUAGCUUGCUAUCCUAGCUAAAUAAAUUCAACGAUUUAAGGAUUAUUUUUCGGUUCUUAUUAUUUUCUUAAAUCCCCGUUGUGGUUUGCCGUUUGACAACUAGUUACUCAUUUAGUUAGCUGAUGGACAGUUUCACAGACGUUCUUUGUCACUUCUCGGGCGUUUUAAGGUAUUGGUUCUGGGGCGGCUAGGCGAAGCAGGAGACUACAGAUGUGGCAGCCAAGUUUGUCCCCUUGUCUCCGGGACCUGGGUUGGUAAGCACACGGCAAUUUAGAUGCGUUGGAGGAGUUGAUGCUAGAGCUAACUACAACAUUUGGCAAGAAAUAGAUUGUUCGUUUUUGGAGAGAAACGAAAAAUAUCUAGCUAAGUUAGUUAUCCAGAUGACUGUCAAGUGUUAGCUAGCAAAUUCGGCUGUCGUCUCUGGCUAGUUGCUGUCGAGUUUAGCAGAGCUAACUGGGCCUCAUUAUCUAUAUUUGUGUCUGCUUCAACUAUAUUAACCCAAACUUGACAGUUGCACGAGACCUGCAGGCUGUGAAAUAUUCCGUGUAGCUGCUGCUAAUGCUACAGUAGCUCGCACACAGGCGUCUUCGAAGGAGGGCAAACUUAAUCGUAGGUAACUGACUACAUUUGUUGCAUCCACAACACUAAUUUGUUUUUACCACUGGACUGUCCAUUCUGAUUUACAAAAGGGAUCAGAACAAUUAUUUGCUACUAAGUGUGAGGCGUGGGCGCCCCAUUCAAGUCGGGCUUUUAAAUACUGCGGUGAUGACUUUAGAAUCCAUGAUGGCUUGUUGCCUGAGCGAGGAGGCGAAGGAGUCCAAACGAAUCAACGCCGAGAUCGAUAAGCAGCUUCGCCGAGACAAGCGGGACGCGAGGAGGGAACUCAAACUGCUUUUAUUGGGCACUGGCGAAAGUGGCAAGAGCACAUUCAUCAAACAGAUGCGCAUCAUCCAUGGGACGGGCUACACUGACGAGGACAAAAGAGGCUUCACCAAGCUGGUGUACCAGAACAUCUUCACCUCCAUGCAGUCCAUGAUCCGGGCCUCCGAGACCCUCAAGAUCCAGUACAAGUAUGAACAGAACAAGUCCAAUGCGCUGCUCGUGCGAGAAGUGGAUGUGGAGAAGGUGUGUUCCUUCGAACAGCCCUACAUCAGUGCAAUAAAGAUGCUUUGGACUGACCCUGGCAUCCAGGAGGCCUACGACCGCAGACGCGAAUAUCAACUCUCGGAUUCAACCAAAUAUUACCUUAGAGAUUUAGAGCGAAUAGCGACCAAGGGGUACGUGCCCACUCAGCAGGAUGUGCUGCGGGUUCGAGUGCCCACUACUGGCAUCAUUGAGUACCCCUUUGACCUGGAGAAUGUAAUCUUCAGCUAUCUAAGCGAUUUGGAUCGUAUUGCUGAACCCAACUUUCUACCAACCCAACAAGAUGUGCUUAGGGUUCGCAUCCCCACCACAGGGAUCAUUGAAUACCCUUUCGACUUGCAAAGCAUCAUUUUCAGGAUGGUGGAUGUAGGGGGUCAGAGGUCAGAGAGGAGGAAGUGGAUCCACUGCUUUGAGAACGUCACGUCUAUCAUGUUCCUGGUUGCCCUCAGCGAGUACGACCAGGUUCUGGUGGAGUCUGAUAACGAGAAUCGGAUGGAGGAGAGCAAGGCUCUGUUCCGGACCAUCAUCACAUAUCCCUGGUUCCAGAACUCCUCCGUCAUCCUGUUCCUCAACAAGAAGGACCUCUUGGAGGAGAAGAUCACUUACUCCCACCUGGUCGACUACUUCCCAGAGUUUGAUGGGCCCCAGAGAGACGCUCAGGCAGGCCGGGAGUUUAUCCUGAAGAUGUUUGUGGACCUGAACCCUGACAGCGACAAGAUCAUCUACUCCCACUUCACCUGCGCCACGGACACAGAGAACAUCCGCUUUGUGUUCGCUGCUGUCAAAGACACCAUCCUGCAGCUCAACCUGAAGGAGUACAACCUGGUGUGAGAGAGAGAAAUUGAGAGAAACCUCACACACAGCACAGAGUACACAUCUACACACACACCUGCACUAACACACACACGCAGACACAUUCACCAACAUGCAUUUACACACACACACUUGAUCACACAUGCGUAAUAUAUUCCAGGUUCUAUUCACCCCUGGUCCCAACAUCCUCCUGCUCCUUGUCUAUGGUUUAAUUGGAUGUGUUUUUCCAGCUCCAGUCAUUCCCCCCACUCCUCUCUUCCCUGCCCACUGCAGCCUGCAUCCCUCCACUGACUUGACUUGGUGGUUGACAGCUCUCAUUUGUCACCUGGUGUGGCUUGCGUCUCUGGGUCACCCCUGUUAAAGGAGGGGGACUUGGGGGUGGGUAGGUAGGUUGGUAACCCACCAGUCUGCAGAGGGUUGUGGGUAACUGCAUAGAAUCGUUGGAGCAGGUGCGGGUGGUGCUGAGGUGUGGGGGGGAAGCUCAACUCUACAUGGUCUUUGAGGUGUGUGUUUUUUCCAAACCUCACGCUAGGCUAGAAGUCACCUUGCACUGUUGAAUAUAAAAAGUGUGUGUUACAAUCAAGUGGAUGCUCACACAUAGACAGAGCAAGGGUGGGAGAGAUGAAGUAAAUUGAUCUGUGUAUAUUAAGAAUUAUUUUAGGUGAGUUUAUUGACUAUUACUAUUGCUACUACCGCUUUCCCAAUGAUGUUAAUUAAAGAUGAACAAGACCGCAGCGUUUCUCAUUUCCAAGAGGAAAGUCACAAUUAUCCAAUAGAGGAUGUAACCUACAUGAUUGGAAACUGUUAAAGUUUCCUCCUUAAUCCACUGCUCCCCUGUCCAUCAGACAAAACAUCAUUUACAUUUUUCACAGAACCCCUUGUUGAAUUGGCAGCAUCUUGUAACAUUCUAAAACGACAAUAUGAAUAAACUGCAGCACUAUUUAGAUUUAAUUUGUCAUGAUUUUUACUCCUUUAAAUGCUGUACCAUUUGCCAAAUGUUUUGUUUGCUGUAGAUACAAUCAAGUUGCCAGUAUCAGUUACAUCCCCCAAAACUUUUCAGAUACGAUGAACAAAAUCAACUCGUUGGGGAAUGGGGUGAUGGAGAUGACUGAAACGAAAUGUGUAUAUUUACAUGUGUCUUCUCUCAUAGUUGCAUUGAAAAGUUUGGUACAUUAAUUUAGGCAAAACUCAUUUAUAUUUGCCGUACUAUACCGUUUCUUUUGGACAAUUGCCUAAUUAAUUACAAUUGUUUGAUAGUGUGUUUCUGUGACUUUUUUAACAUUUUGGUUAUCUUCCAAUGAAGGUAAACAACUUGCUGUACUUGUGCAGAUGACAUAAAGGAGUAGUAAGGAGCAAUAGUUUGUUGUAAUAAAGAAAUCUUUAGUGCUGCCAGGUAACUUAAGUCACAAGUUGGUCCUCUACACGGUGUCAGUACAACUUCUCUUUGUUAAAGGUAUUGGAUAUUUUUUGCCCUAUUUGGCCAAUAUUUUGAGAAAUGGCAGUGAUAAAUAAGAGAAGUAUUUUUUUUAUUUGUCUAAUUUAUGGACCAGAGCUCUAGAUGUUGUUCAUCUGACUCUUCCUCCCUGCUUCCAUCUAGAAGUGUCUCCAUCAGAUGGGAGACUGGGAGAGACGGGGUCCAUACUGCUGUUAAAAAAAUAUGAUUUUAUCGGCAUGUGAUCUACCUUUCUUUAGAGACAUCAUACUUUGUAGUUGCAGUUAUGUUCUGCUUCAAUUUUGAAAUGCUUGAGAAUGGGAAGAUUCUUUUCCAUUUUGGGUUGGUGCAUUAUGCAAAUAGAAAAAAAGAGACUCAUCAGUGGUUGAAUUUAACUGGUCUGUGCUUGCAUUUUUGUCAUUUAAGAUUUUAGUUUGGUAUUGGUUUUUAAUCCCAUAUCUUGUCUUUUGCUUGAUAGUUAAGAUUCCAUAGCUAACAGUAUGUCGAUAGAUUGCUAUUUUGUCUUUAACGUAAUUCAGGUGAGUUUUCAUAACUUUUCAUUAUAAGGGCUACUACUAGCAAAGUUGACAGAGAAUUAAAGGACUCUAUGGAUGAUAUAGAGCAAUAUGUGCAAUUAAAGUGAGUGUUAUGAAUCAGGGAGCCAGUGUUGGGGUGUGUUGAUGCCAAGGGGAAGGCCAUUGCCACAGGUUGAGUGCAAACUGUCCAGGGAUGCCAGUUGGUGAUCAUUGGAGGAUGAAUUCUGCUGGCUAUUUGCCUGUAAACUUUGACCAGCCCGUUUGGGCCUGAGCAGAGCCUAGUAAAACCAUGAGGGGAUCGCAUAGCUACCUGCCUCAGCCAAUCUUUAGUGUGCUCUUCCGUUCCCACCUGCCAUUUAUGUCUUCAGCUUGGCUUUAGUCCAUUGUUGUGGAUGGUUUGUGUUUUAUGUGCCCUACUAGUCAUGUUUCUAUUCUUGACAUUUAUAUACUAAGAAAGAUCAUGACUGGAAGACAUAUGAUUGCCACAGUGCUAUUUGCACUCCAGAGAGCGUUGGGUGAAAGCGGUUAGGUGAAACUUAACACUUUAGAGAGUUAUCAUGAAUGCAGACUUGUUUUUCAUAUCUUGUAUUUUUGGUGCCAAAAAUAAUGGCCAAAGUGGCAAAGUGAAGUUUGUGCUCUGUUUAAGAUCUUGCUGUGUGUUUACAAUUACAUUGAAUUGCAACCUAAGAAUGUUUUGCCCAUAAUGUUGGCUUGGGUAUACUUUUCAGUCCCCCUUAACUAAUGUCCACUGUAUACUAGCCUGGCUGAAAGGUCCAACUUUUACCUUUCCUCUACAUUCUCUACCCCAGUUGUUAAAUGGUUUGUGCAAUUCAUGGAAAUAUCUAUACAUGUUGCUUUCACUGAAGGUGGAAAAGUAUGACCUUUUUUUUGGACUUAAUUAAGUGCCACAGUGUUUUAAAAAUGUUGGACAUUUUGUAAUACCUUGUCAUUUGGCCAACCCACGGUGGAUGCGGCCUUGUCGUGAAGGCAGCUUGUGAGUUGUCAGGGAUGUUUGGUGUUGCACAACUUGUAUUUGAAGGCCUUUCUUUGUUAAUUAAUGGUCCCACACCUAAUACUUAAAUACCACAUUAUUUGUGAACUGUACAUAAAAAGCAGAAAUAUAUGAAUGCUUCCUGUACAACUGCAGAUGAGGCUUUCAACUAAAUUUGAACAGACUUUUUGUCGUGAUUGCAUAUGUCUGAACGGAUGUUUUUGGUUUAACUUGUUGAGCUUGUAGGCAAGUUUUCAUUUCUCUCUCAGGAGUACGAAAGUCUCUUGCCAGGGCAGGCUGGACUGAGAUGUUGCCAGUGGUACUUCAGAUCACCACCAACAAGGCAGCUUGUUUUUGAAUUGUUUUAGAGUGGUUACUGCUUCUCUGCUGCUCUGUUACCUCAAGAAGCACACUCCACCCCUUUGACCUGUGGUUUACUUUCUUAGGUAGAGUAGGGUUUAGUUCUACACGUGACACUCAUGCUGGGCUCUCUUCAUGCUUGUAACCCCCCAGUGGUUUUGCAUUCAUUUAGUUAAAUUGUACACAUUUUGCUCUCUACUGUAGGUAUCUUGCAUCAGCUUGUGAUCCAGUGGUUUUGAGGUGUAUGAUGUGCUGUGUGGUUGCUUCACUCUAAAAAACACUGUACAAAUGUCUGGCACAGGCCUCCCUCCCUGCUGUUGGCAGAUAUGAGAAUGCUACCAUGGGUUUUCUGAGCAUACAGUCAGUGUCCGUUUAAACCAAGUACAUUGUUUUUUUCCACAUGUGGACUAUGGACAGUGUGUAUGUAGCAAUGUGUCAUGUGCACCCUCUACAGCACACUAAUUGAACAUUACAAUAACUAGUAAGAGAACACGGAAUAAGUACUGUCGUCACUGAAACCAGCACAGUGGGGAUUGAGGAAGGGAUACACUACUAGAGGCAAGUCCAUGCCAUAGACUGACUAGCACUACAGUAUAUACAAACAGUUGCCACCAUUUUUCCAUACAGUUCAUUUUGAAAUAAGCCUGUUAAACUUUAUUUAUUGUAAUGCUUUGCCAAGUGAAGGUACCGAAAGAGUAAAAUACUGUAGCAGUUGGAUUCAUCGGUGAAUUAAUGAAUAUGGUGUUUUUUAGAAUAUCAGCUGUUGUCUCCUCUUACUUGAUCUUUAAUCCUUUCUUUCUCACGGGUCAAUGCACUGAACCUGCGCUGCAGCAAUGGGACUUCCUGCAUUCAUGCAACUUACAUGUUCAUUCAAGCACGUUUUGUUGGUACUAUGAGAUGUGUAUACACUUUUGAUGGUUAAUGCUUUUUCUUGAGAUCCAUACUGAUGUGAUGGAUGCACAGAAAUGCUAAAAGCUCUUAUUGCAUCUUUUUGUUUCUUUUGUAAGGCUGAUGCAUUACCUGAACUCUUGUAUUUAGGAGCACUUACUAUGAUAGAUUUUUAAAUAAGAGGUUAAAUAAACUUUGUGUAGUGGUGUAUAAAUUGAAAGUAAUGUAUUUUUUUCUUAAGUAUACCAAAUGUAAAUUAUGUACAAUAAUGAAUGUGCCAAUCCCCUUUCUUUGUAGAGCCAGACUCUUAACAAGUGCCAAUGUUGUGAAAAAUCAUAAGGACCUAUGUAUUUCAUGGUCCACUUUUUAAAACAAAUAAACACUAAGUAUGUGAUUUAAGAUGAAUAAAUAAAUGAAAAAGGUGAAUUUUAUUCUGUAUUUAAUGAUAAACUGCUGUUUUGAAAGAAAUCACAUUUUAAUUGCAUGUGUUGGUUUGGUUUGGGUGGGGGGAGGGGGAUAAACUGUAUUAAUGCGAAGCCCUCCAGAAAAGGGACCUAAUGGGUAUUGAUUUACAGUAUUUUAGCCAUAUUUCUCUUUUGUAUGUUUCAUUUCAACCACUGUUGCCUGAACCUCAUUCAAACAUGAAAAUGAUUUUCAUAGCCUUCUCCUUUAAAGAAAAAGUAUCUGUUUUAAAUUGGAAUAAAAUGUGUUCCUAUA